AUGCUCAGCUCCUAGUCCGAGGACUGUUCCACUUCCACAUAUUUGUCGGUUGCUCUAUCUCACUUUUCUUAGCCUCCCAAGUUGCUUCGAUCUUUUUCGGUUGUUUGACUAUGGCGAACGAGGUGGUUUUGCUGGAUACCUGGGUCAGCAGUUUUGGGAUGAGGGUGAGGAUCGCGCUGGCUGAGAAGGGGAUCAAGUACGAGUACAAGGAGGAGGACCUGAGGAACAAGAGCGACCUGCUUCUCAAGAUGAACCCGGUUCACAAGAAGAUCCCGGUUCUCAUCCACAACGGGAAACCGGUAUGCGAGUCCCUCAUCAUCGUUCAGUACAUAGACGAGGUCUGGAACGACAGCUCUCCGUUGCUGCCCGCUGAUCCUUACCAGAGAGCUCAGGCCAGGUUCUGGGCUGAUUUCAUUGAUGCGAAGGUGCAGAGUGUUACAAGGAGGGUAUGGACCACAAAAGGGGAGGAGCAAGAGGCAGCAAAGAAGGAGUACUUUGAAACCUUCAAGAUACUGGAGGGGGAGCUUGGUGACAAGCCUUACUUUGGGGGAGAAACAUUUGGGUUUGUCGACAUUGCACUCGUCACUUUGUACAGCUGGUUCUAUGUUUAUGAGAGUUUUGGCAACUUCAGCAUGGAGGCGGAGUUCCCCAAGAUUAUGACAUGGGUUAAGAGGUGCAUGCAGAAGGAGAGUGUCGCCAAGACUCUUCCUGACCAGAAGAAGGUUUAUGGGCUUGUGGUGGACUUAAGGAAGAAGCUUGGCUUGGACUAGAACAAUGGUGGUUUGGCCCCAGUAUGGGAAGUAUAGACUGUAUAGUAGCAUAUAUCAGCAUGGUUUUGGGUGGUCGUGUUUUAUGUGUUUGAUGAAAUUGUGCCUUCUACAACAUUUGGAGUGUACAUCGGUCUUGGGGUAUCCGUGUAUGCAGAGCAUUGAUGUCUAUCUUCAUUUCUUUUUGAACUUUUC